ACUUUAUGAGGGGUUGCACCACAACUUGCUGUAGUCGAUUCUGAACUUUCGGAUCUGAUCGUGCUUGAGGACCCUGUCGCAGCUUUUAUUUUCUCCUCAAUUUCAACACGCGUGGAUCCGAGUCAACUUAAUAUGAAAAAAUGUCGAUAAAUGAAGUGUACGUUUUCCGACCGUUCAAGUUGAUUGCUUUACUUUGUAUAUUUCUGGCAUUGUGUCUGGACAUCGUAGCGUUAUUGAGCCCCGCCUGGGUAACGGCAGAGCGUUUUUCUUUGUCGCUAUGGGAAUCAUGCACUGAAACAGAGGCUGGCUGGAGAUGCCUUUCCACCCUCACAUCUGACUGGCAGAUCGCCACUCUGGUGCUGCUGCUGGCCGGUGCUGCGGUGACUCUGGUGACCUUCCUGGUGGCCCUCAUCUCCCUGUGCCGGGGGACACGCAUACGGCACUACCGCAUGGUGGCUGUGUUCCUGUUCACUGCAGUGGUCCUUCAGGCCUGUGCACUGGUCCUCUACCCAAUCAAGUUCAUUGAUGGAACAGUCCUCCAGACCUACCAUGAGUUCAACUGGGGCUACGGACUGGGCUGGGGAGGCACCAUCUUCAUGCUAGGGGGAGGCAUCCUCUUCUGUCUCCGGACGGACAUGUACGAGGACGCUAUGUACUGAGUCCUCUCUCUCCUACUCUCUAUAUCUCUCUCUUGUUCUUUCUGUCACACACAAACAAAUAUUGACAUUCACUCUCUUGUGCGACAACACACCCACACAAACACAUCCUUCCUCUGCCCACGUAGACAAGCUUCGACACCUACAUACAGUACAUCUCUGUUAUUUAUAGACAGUGUGUGAGGCCUCCUGGCUCUGGCUGAUCAGCAGGAGAGAUGAAGUCGGAGGAGCAGUUGUGUGGAGAGAAUGUCUGCCUGUCCCCAGUGGGGUGCCAGAGACCCUCACCACGGUCAGACAGACAGAUAGCCAUGAUGUUAAAUCACAGAAAUGGUUUUGGACAGACGGCACAUCCCAUGGAUCUCCAUUCGUAGAGCAACAAGGAAGUAGAUUCUCUGAGCUCUACCUUCUGGGCUGAGGUGUUUAUAUAAGGGAUUGUUACAGUAUAUGGGCCAUCCCACCAAUUCGGUGCUUUUGGAAAAAAAAAUCUUUUGAUUUCACAUUUGAACAUUCUGUCAUAAAGAGCAAAUGUUCAACUUAAUAAAAGUUUUCCCAUCUCAAAAUAAAUAAAAAAGACAAUAGAAAGUGCCUAUUACAUGUCGAAUAAAGUAACAGAGUUGACAAUUGAAUCUUAAAUCAGCCAUGAAUCCUGUUUUGACUUGGGGAAUGGAAGCUUGUUGUUUGCAACAGGGAGUGGCAAUUGAAUGCAAGCUUCACCAAAAAUGUUUCAUUGUUUUAACAUUUCUAGUAUGUCUAUCUAUGGGUAACAGGGUGGACGUGUUGUGCUCGACCCCCUCACUUUCCACGACAGACACCAGCAAAUGUCCAAUAGGAGUAGAGCCAGCUCACCUGCUUUUACGCUAUGAUUUGACUAUGAAAUGUUUCUUUAAAAAAACGGCAUAGUUUCACCAUAUUAAAACGAGAGUUAAGAUAAUGUAACAGGGAUGACCUUAAAAUGAGGGGCAAAGGUAAAUGAUUCACUAAUCACAUUAAAUCAAUUAUUUUGUCAAAGCAACUUCAUAACUAGGGCUUUACAAUGACGGUGAAAACGUACAGAAUUGUAGGGUUAAGUGGGGUAAAAUAUUACAAGUCACAGAGGUGCAUGGAGGGAAAUGUCAAAAUACACAAUUUGGGCUCUUUAGCAAGGCUUUAUUCAUAUCGAAAAAUGUGAUUUAUAGAAUUCUCCAUGUGGUCUAUAUUCAUUUAAUAUAAAAGUCUUUUAAAAUGUAAUAUCGGUGCACAAUGUUUACUUAAAAUAGCAAAUGGAUGCAAAAGUCACUCUUUUAGUGGAACGACCCAUAUAUUCCUUUUUUUCUUCUGUGUAUUAUUUUGUGAUGACGACAGAUAAUAUUGUUAAUGUAUUUAUGCUAUCAUUUAUCUUGCUAUCUAUUCUCCCACAGGAAGAUAUAUAUUUUAUGUAUUGCUGUUUAAUAAUUACAGAUUCUGAACACUGAGAACUUAAAAUGGGUGAAUCCCAAAACAUGCCUGGUUUUCUAACUCCUCCUGACAUUUGUAGUGUAAAAUAAACAGUACUGAUAUAUAUGCAAUAA